AUUGGGGGUUUCGUUUUUAGGGUUCUAGCUCGAUGAGAAUCGGAUCGAAAGAAAUGUGUCCCGAUUUUCCAGCGAUAGUUUUUCCUGGAUCGCCUACAUUCAGCUUCUCGAAGCGAUCUCCAUCAUUGUGGGAAGAAAUUGAUUUCGCGAUUGGAUAGGGUUCUUGUUGACGAUAGGACACAUUUCUAGUACGACUGAUUCGCAGUACACUGAACAAAGGCAACGACAUGCCUGCGGGUCAUCCACACCUCAUUAUCGCAAAUGCGUGGCGACUAAUCACGCGGGUCAUCCACACCUCAUUAUCGCAAAUGCGUGGCGACUAAACACGGUUGUGUUGCUCAUCGUUUGUCUUGACCGAUUUCCAGAUACCGAUGAGGAGCGGCCCCUUUGCUUCGGUGUUCCAUGUCGCCAUCGCCAUCAGCAGCAGCGCAGCACGGCGAGGAGUAUGCGUAAAUUCCCGGCGGUGGCAACAGUGCUAAUGCUAGUAGCACUUAAGAUCCCCGUAAGCCACGAACAAAAACGAUGACGGCUUCUUCAAGGACGACCAUGGCACUUAAUCAAGUUGAGGGAAAGGCAGGAGUAGGCUUGGUCCCUGUGGUUCGGCACGAGUUUUGUGCGCACGAUGGCAUGGAGUUGAUACUCUCCAAGGUCGAGGCAUGGAGUUGGGGCAAUUACACUGUCACCGAUGGAGUUGGGAAUUUCCUCAUCACGGUGGAAGGGAGGCUGAGCUUGCGAUGGACUCGGACUCUGCUGGAUUCGAGCGGGACACGGAUCCUCAAGAUCCACAAGAAGUUCAUGAACCCAAGCAUCUUCGAUGCCUUCAUUGACGGUGAAGACGGCGCGAGGAGAGUGUUCACAGUGCAAUCUUCGUUGGAAGCACCGGCUUCACGCUUUUCUCUCAAGGUGUUCUUGCCAGUGAAAGGCUCCGAGCCGGAUCUCUCCAUGGAUCCCGACUUUAAGCUCGAGGGGGCCUACUUCCAAAAUGAUUACGGUAUCUAUUGCGGAGAAAGGUCGAUUGCACAGGCCUCACGAAAGCCAGACGCGUCCAGCUUUGUUCUGGGAUGCGGUGCUUAUACCGUUGCGGUUUUUCCUGGGGUCGACCACGUCUUUGUAGUCGCCCUCGUACUGAUAAUGGACGAGCUACACUUGGAGGCCAGCGUGGGUCACGACUCGACUUAACUUGCGUGGAGAAGCGAAAACGAGAGAGAAACAUCACUACUGCCUUGGAUUUAUAUGUCGCUACUGUGCUGUGGUGUUUAUCUUAACCGACACGAGAGAAAAAAAACACGAAAUUAUCCAGAGAAGUUGAUUUUUCCUUGGUUUAUCUCUUCAUGGCUUUUUCUGUGUUUGACAUUGCUUGUUGAGCUUACAGCAGGUCCCACUGAUUGAUUACCUGUUCCGUACAAAACUCCAGCUCAAAUGAAGAUUACUUCCACCGCACGGAAAGUUGACCGAAGAGCAGACGUGUGGCUUCAUUUACGCUUAAAACGCGUCCUAGAGGAGAUUAGUCAGAGCAUGGAAGCCUCCUGGAUUUCUCCGUUCAUCUUCCUCGCAAGCAUGGAGAGCUUUGCUCUUGAAAAGGCUUGAUGGUUUUCCAGUUCCAAACUGAAGGCUAUGGGUUUCGAUCAAGAUUCUGCCAAGGCUGUUGCGGCUUUGCCUGUUGUUGGAGCACAAUUUUGCGACUUCCAGGCUGUGAAUCUCACUCUCUCCAGCGCGGGAGUCUUCAGCUGUGGGAAGUAUACCGUCCGGGAUGAAAAACAAAACGACGUUUUUGCAGUGGAUGGGAACUGUGGAUGCGGCCGCCAGCGGAGAGUUAUGGAUUCCAGUGGAAAGGUUCUUCUUGUGCUCCACAAAGAGGCAUUUAGUUUCCAGAACAAGUGGAAGGCCUAUCUUGACGAAGACAAGCUUCUCUUCACAGCGAAGAAGCCUUGCUUCCGGCUAAAGUUCUGCGUCGAUGUGUACCUCGGCGAGAACACCACGCCCGAUUUCAAGCUCACUGGAUGCUGCUUCACGGGGAAGUACAGCUUGCGCAGGACUGAUACUGGAGAGCUGAUUGCAAAGGCAAGGUACAUAUGGAAACUGGCAAGCAUUGCGAGAUGCCACAGCUACAGCAUAGAGAUUGAGCCUGGAGUGGACUCGUUGUUUGUGGUUUCUAUGUUUCUAGUCAUGAACGAGAUCUACCUCGACAAACCAGCUGCUGGUGGUGGUGGAGGUUGAAAUUGCGGUUCAUUGCUUGUUUCUAGUAUACUAUUUGUGAGUGUUUUCAAGGAUUAUGUUAUUACUGUGUUGGGCCUCUUUGGCGUUUUUCUGCUCUUUCCAAGUCUCUAGAUUCAUCGUUGGAAAAAUUCACUCGGAUCUAAAUUUCUUUAGAUCUCUGAUCUCUUUUAAAGAUUUCUUUAACAGACA